GUACUUGAACCAUUUGAAGAACAGGCGAGUCUCCUGGACCCGGUCUCGGUUUCCUUUGUUCUCCCGCGUUACGCGAUCGCUAAUUUUGCCUUUUUCUUUUUUCCCUGGCCUUGAAACAGCAGAGUCAAAGCGUCGGCGUCUUUGACCGUCUUACUACUCAUGAACUUAUGGAAGAACAGCAUCAACCUCAGCGUAAACUUUCUCGAAGAUCCUCUAAAAUUACGUCUGGGAAGUCUUUAUGGCAUAGAAAGUCCACAAAGAAGACCACCGCAGCAGCAACAGAAACCAGUGGUCCUGGGCCUGCAAAGUACCUGGACCUUCAAUCAUCUCAAUCACUCGUUUCCAUGGACUCUUUAAAGGCAAACGACACUUCCGACGAGGACCAGGAUUUACCUUUGUUCAUUUCUCGUUCAAUCAUACCAGACCCCUUGGGUGAACUACCAGCUUGGUUCAAGAAAGAGACCGACAUGGCUGCUGCGAACACUUCAUCCUACAGGAUAAAAUAUCCUUUGCAUAACCCACUCGGUCCCAAGUGGUACAAGAAUUACCACCUUAUUCCCCCAGCUCAACUAAAUCCUGGUAAUCGUCCUCCAUCUGUCUUCUCCCCCUCAUUUCCCCCAAUGGCUUCAUCUCUCAACGACCGUUCAGAGGACUCAAUUCGCUUGCCUGGCCCAAGCCGCUCUCCUUCAGGCACUUCUCUCCAAACUCCAUCUUCAUCACAAAUUCGCAUCCAAGAAUCAGGUGGCAAACCUCGCAGUCGCAAAACUUCUCAGGAUAAUGCUGACUUACUCGACGCCUCUGAUCCAUGGGGCACUCACUGGCAUCACCAGUCCCCCUACGACACUGGCACCAACGUCAGUCCAGUCUCAGUUGAUCCCCCUGAGGGUCGCUCUCGCUCUCGUCUGUCAAGCAUGAACACCGCACCAACUCCAACUCGUCGUAAAACAGUCACUCCUUCUCCACUAUCUCAGUCUACAUCUGCCCUACACACACAACCAUCCGAACCCAAUAUCACGCGUAAACUCAGUAAACGCCGGAAACCCGGACUGACCAACCUCUUCGGGGGACAGGAGAAGGAAGCAGACCCUGCCGCACCUCACCGUGCAUCCACAAUCGCAACCUCCUCACUUCAAGUGCCGGAUACAUCUGCGCGUCGUCACUCCAUUCUUUCUCCCACCACAGUGCCUCCUAAUGCAUCCACUGUAGCGUUAUCAACCCAUUCGUCCUCCAAGAAGGAGCGACGAACAAGUGUCCUAGGACGACUGGUGAGGAAGUUCAGCAUCUUGACGAAGUCUACUCAAGACGCGGGACCGACUAUCAGCGAACGAGCAGAGGAUGAGCCACACGGAGCUGCAUCACCCUCUGACCGUCGUCGCUCUUUUUUCUCCCAACGCCACCCUUCUCCAGAGAAGCCAUCAUUGGAGAAAAAGCACUCGGAUCCAUCCAAGCGCGUACCGCCUCCGCGGAUAGAUCUCGAUUUAAUGACGGAUGGGUUGGGACCCUCAACAGAGUUAGAGCGCGAGAUACCUGAUCACCGCUCGUCUGUCUCGUACGAGAUGCCUUUUUCGCCUGGAAGGUUAACGAUAGCCAACCCAGAUGCGCCGAGUUCUGGAGGGAAUACGCCGAUCAGACAAAGCAUCGCGUUGCCACCUGAGGACCUGCCCGAGCCAAAGUCUCACGUAGAGGCUCCUCCGCUACUACCGCCAGUGCAACCGCGUUACGAGCGGAACGCAAGCAGGGAGGCAAUACCCAGUGGCAAGACAUCGCCCGUGAAACGCAUAAGCCCUACACCCGCACCUUCUGUUCCUGACGUGGUCCGCUCCCCCCCGCAGGUGGCCAGUGUUCAGUCACCACAGCCAUCCGCCUCUUAUCUCUCUCCGUCUGCUCACUCGUUGUCGAUAGGCGCGCCAUCCUUGACUGCGCCCGCGGCCAUCCCAGAGGUCAGAAUGUUCCAUGCUUUCUCCUUCGCCACUACUGCCGCUGGAUCAACGUCGAAUGACUCGCCCUUGUCCAGGGCGUCAGUCCUGGUCAACCCGCCUACGCCAUACGACCCCAACGAGGUACACACAGACCUUCCAUAUGAAAUGCCCCCAAUCGAGAGGGUGUCGAGUAGGGCACCCUCACGAGAGAACUCUCCUGUCAAGAAAGCCGAUGGGGAAGUACGCGUAGCAAAGUCGAACUCUACGACGAGCCGGAAGACGGAGACGUUCAGGUUGAUGCGGAACCCGUCUGACAAGGUUUCGUCGUCUGGGGAUGCUAUCCCUGCCGAGGGCGAGCAUUGGACUGUUGUCAAUUCUUCUGACGCUCCUCGCCGGAGGCGGACAAAGGAGAGGGCAGAGAAGAAUGAGCGAGUGGAAAGGGUAGAAAAGCCGUCGUCGCGGUCUUCGACGAAGGACCGUGAGAGCAGAAGGGAUCAGCGAAGGCACGAGAAGGCAGCUCAAGAAGCUGCAGAGAACCAUGCCCGUGCGAGUAGCCAAGGUCGGACGAAACGUACGAAAGCUGAAGCAGUCGAUUCCAGCUCUCUCUCGGGACGUCCUUCGCGAGCACGUAGCCUCGAUACUUCCCCCCGUCAGAGUGUGCAGCCGAUGGUAUUUACGCUUCAAGGCGAACCACCUCGUCAUCGCAAGAGCGAUGACAGGCCACGCGACUCACACCACUCAAAGUCCUCCCGACCUAAUCCGAGUCCUAUUUCUGGUAUCGCGCGUGUCGAACGCCUCCCCUCGAACGCAACCCGUCCAACCUCUGAGCUGGCAUCUGCUGCAGAUAUCAAUGCCCUUCGCGCACGCGAGGCAUGGGAGAUGGAUCGUUUAUGGAAAGGCAGAAGCAUGUAUCACCAGGAGUCCAACGCAAUUACCUCGCCGUCCGCUCGUGAUUCUCGGCAUGUCAACGGAGAGUUCGUAGUAGAUGGUCCUGGGCACGGUUCGAGUCACACGUCGUACCUCGUCCAGCCGCUGCAAGCACAUCCCAUGCCAGCGAGCGUGUUUUAUGCCAACAUGCCUUCUGCGCCUCCCCCAAUUAUCUAUACUGCCACAUCUCCGUAUGGACAAGUUCUUCAUCAGGGUUCCCACCAACCCACGUACCGAUCACUACCCAACUCCUUUAUGUUCCCUUCUACAGAGAGUUCACCGGCAUCCCCGGCAGAUCCUCCUCGCCAGAACCCUUUGCCGCAUCCCCCACGUGAAUCAACCUAUCAACCUGCGCGCUUGUCAACACAUGCAGAUCGAGGCAGUGGAGCUACCUCAGAUUAUUGGACGAAUAACAAGUACCCGCCAGUGCCUUCACAUUGAUAUACCCGCUUACGAUCACGCAUUUCACGUUCAGUUACAAGUAUCAUACUAACUUAGAUCAUACACGCUUACUGCAACUUUCAUUUUCACCGGGACUUCGUGGUCAGGUGGACUUCUUUUUUUUUUGAUUCGCUUUGAUUCGCUAUUCAGUUAUUGCUUUGGACUUAGACAUUUUAUGUACCAGCUCAAUUAAUUGAGCCCCCCGCAAUACUUCGCCCACGAUUAUUGGUGUUUGCAAUCAAUAGGAUUCCUUCACUACUCUGGAAA